UCCUUCCCCACUCACCGUACAAUGUGUUUUCUCGAUCAAAGAUGGCUGCGCUCAAGAGCAGAGUGGUCACGGGAUGUCUCAGAUCAUGUUUGCUUCGACAAAGCAACAAAGCGCUCGGAACCAGUGUUCCUAUUGUUAUGACAGAUAAUGAGUGGUUUGUACAAAGAUCACAUCUUCACACUGUCAGAGGAAGUAGGGGUCCUCUUUCUAGGGCACUGAUUGGUUCUCAUAACCAUGGGCGACUCCUAUUGGUCAGCGCUGUAGCAGUUAGACACAGCAGCUCAGAGACAACUGAAGCCGUUCAGACUGUGUUAACUACACCUGUAGAUACUGUAGUCUCAAGUUCUAAUGCUGAUCCCACCCCACCAGUCAUUCAGCCAAUCACAGAGCAGGUGACUGAAGCUCCUGUUACAGCAUUGGAUGUCCUACAGGGGGUCGGUACUGAAGCCAGCCUAUCAGAGCUUGGCCUGGGCAGCUACACACCUGUCGGCGUGAUCCAGAAUCUGCUCGAGUUUAUGCAUGUUAGCAUUGGACUGCCAUGGUGGGGGGCUAUAAUUGCAGGGACUAUCAUUGCUCGUUGUGCCGUGUUUCCUGUCAUUGUGAAGGGACAGAGGGAAGCGGCCAAGUUAAACAACGUCCUACCAGAAAUGACCAAACUCACUAACCGCAUGAAUGAGGCCAAGCAGAGCGGUAACAAAUUUGAUUUUUCAAAGGCCUACACAGACUUGAUGAUGUUUCAGAAGAAACAUGAUGUGAACCCUUUGCGUGGCUUCCUAGUGCCACUGGUACAGGCUCCAGUCUUCGUCUCUUUCUUCAUUGCCUUACGUAAAAUGGCAUAUCUUCCCGUACCCAGUUUACAGACUGGCGGCCUCUGGUGGUUCCCUGACCUAACAGCGUCUGAUCCAUUUUACAUUCUACCCUUAGCUGUGACUGGCACUAUGUUUGCCAUCAUAGAGCUGGGGGCUGAAUCUGGGAUAGACAACCCAAACCUGAGGGCCAUGAAGACUGUCUUCAGAAUUAUGCCCUUUGUUAUCCUUCCUCUGACAAUUAACUUCCCCACGGCUGUAUUUACCUACUGGAUGACCUCUAACCUCUUCUCACUGGGUCAGGUGGCCCUGUUGAGGCACCCGGUGGUGAGACAGAAGUUACGCAUCCCAGAACGCAUUACACACCCACCCUCAGCACUGCCUAAGAAUGAAGGUUUUGUUGAAAGCAUUAAGAAAGGAUGGAAAAAUGCUCAGUUGGCUCAGCAGCUGGAGGAAAGAGAAAGGAGAAUUAAAGGGCAUCUUGAUAUGGCAGCUAAAGGUCCACUGAGGCAAACUUUUACCCACAACCCCCUGCAACAGUCAGCAGCACCAAUGUCAACAGGAAAGUCAACUAGUCCAAAGCAAGAGGGUAAAAAGAGGCCCUGGGAAGACACGAUUGGCUAAAUGUUUAAUAGCAAAUUGUGAAGGGCAUUGUACAUAUAUAUUGAGAUGGACUGAGGGAAUGGUGGUAAAAUAAGAGUGUUGUAUGUAUUAUGUCAUAUUAAAGGGUGAUUGUGUUCCCUUA